AUGGCGAUUGUGACGGUGAAACAAUAUUUAACUUCAGCAAUUGCUUGCUACAUCCCGACCGUGCCUUCUGGAUCUGAUUUUGAUAAGUUUUUAGAAAAUUAUUGCUGGGUGCAUGGAACCAUACCAAUUUUGGCAGGAGAGAAAAUACCGCAAACUUUGGACGAGUGGGCUUAUUUUGAUGGCAAACACAGAAUCAACUAUUACCAAUGGGUUCCGUUUGUGCUCGGUCUACAGGGCCUGUUGUUCUACAUACCUCGUAUUGUCUGGCAAGUAAUCUGUUCCCAUCAGGCUGGAACCGAUCUCCAGCAUUUGAUUGACGUAGCCAAUCAGGCCUCAAAGGCCGGAACAGACGAGCGUAAAAAAUUGAUCGCUCACGUGAUAAACUCAUUGGAUGCAAUGCUGUUUCAGCACCGGGAAUUUCGUGCCGGGACACUGACGAAUGUAAAGCGGCGAAUGUACAAGGCUUGCGGUAUUCUCGUGGCAAGCAAACGUUUGGGCACAUGGCUCGCAUUUACCUACUUCGUCAUCAAAGUACUAUAUCUGAUCAAUGCUAUUGGACAAUUGUAUAUGAUGCAACGAUUUUUGGGGUUCAACGAAUCUAUGAGUAACUUCGGUAUCGAAUUGGCUAACUAUAUGGCUGCUGGUCGUAAUUGGGAUCAAACGCGAAUAUUCCCUCGGAUCAGCUUCUGUUACCUAGAUGACAUUCGACAACUGGGUUCCACUAAUCGAUACGUUGCCCAAUGCGUUCUACCAGUGAAUAUGCUUAACGAAAAGUUGUAUAUUUUCCUGUGGUACUGGACUGCUGUAGUUGCAAUAUUCACCGCGUUGAGCAUUCCCCUGUGGCUAAUUCGUUUGACAAUUGUGCGUAAUCGAUUGAAUUUUAUAAAAAAAUUUCUACGCCUGAAUGACCAGUUUCACAAAGCCGACAAACAGUUGGUAGAUAUGUUCACUAAAGAAUUUCUGCGACAUGACGGGGUUUUUCUUUUGCGUAUGCUUUCAAUCAAUGUCGGAGAUGUGAUCACUUCGGAGGUGAUAUCGGAAUUGUGGCAAUUGUACUGCAAUAAAUACACCACCCCACUCCGAUCGGACGACGAAUCUAGUCCACCCGAGCCACCAAGCCUGCGGGACCGACGAGCCACUGCACCGGAACCGCCACAUCUGGGACCGACAACGUACAGCUCACAGACAGAUACGCGCAAUGCAAUGAGUGCGACAGAUUUUGUCGGUCUGUACAACAAAUAUCGAUUGGCCAAUUUCAUCGGAGUCGAUGACUGGGCAGAUCGGUUGAGCUAUUUCUACUCCUUUGUCCUGAUUCUCGCAUGCACAUUUAUGGUCACCUCGAAAACCUAUCUGCUUCGACCGAUUGCUUGUCAUAUGCCCACUGCUCCAGAUGGGGCCAAUUUCAAGAACUACGUGGAAUCUGCCUGUUGGGUGUUGGGCACUGUACCGUUACGAGCGAACGAAACGAUUCCGCAACAAGUGUCCACUUGGGAGGAAUUAGAAAAGCAUCGUCGAAUUAAUUACUAUCAGUGGGUGCCGUUUAUGCUCGCACUACAGGCAAUCAUGUUCUACAUACCUCGUUUAGCUUGGCAGUCGGUCAGUUUUAAUCGUCUGGGCACGGAUCUGAAUCAGCUUGUGGGCAAAGCAUCUGAAGCGCUCAUGGCCCCGUCGGAUUCGAAACGCACCGAAUGUAUUCAACAAGCCGCCCGAUCCUUAGAAUUGCUCUUGUUCGCUCAUCGGGAAUAUCGACACGGGAUAUUGGCCGAUCUAAGACGAUCCAUGUCCGGCCUGAUUGGCUUCCUGUUUGUCAGUAAGCGCCUGGGCACGUGGACUGUGUUCGCCUAUUUCUGUAUCAAACUAGCCUACUUAGGAAACGCUUUGAUACAGCUGUAUAUCAUGAUGAUAUUUUUGAAUUAUGAUCGAAAUAUGUUUCUUUUCGCGUGGAAACUGUUAGGCAAUCUAUUAUCCGAAACAUAUUGGACCGAGUCUCUGUAUUUUCCACGUAUUUCUUAUUGUAUACUACGAUUACGCCAUUUGGGUGCACGAGAAAAUAUGUAUACUGGUGUCUGUGCCCUACCGAUCAACAUGUUCAAUGAAAAAAUCUAUAUUUUUCUAUUUUUCUGGAUCAUGGUGGUUAUGAUGUGUACGGCAUUGAGUCCGUAUCAUCGAGGCUUAGAACCCGACUUGAAACGUCCACGACGUGCCCAGAAGGCCAUGGACCCCUUGGUACGUAGAAAUGUGGAAGCGUUCGUCAAUCGGUUUCUUCGCUACGAUGGUGUGUUCCUGAUUCACGUGAUGACAGCCAAUGCAGGGGAUGUGGUCACCGCGGACAUAGUGGCUCUGUUAUGGCAUGCUUGGACCACACGAUAUGCUGGACGUCCGGAAUGGGAACAUCCAAGCGAUGUCUCGGACAGUGAUACACCACAAUUGGAAGAUAUUCGAACCUAUACAGAGUCCAUAAUGUCCGGGCGUGAGACGGAGACAGGCAAUUUCCCCGGUCUACGCAAACGACCGCAUGAGAUGCGAGUGGCUCACCAGCGUCGAUCGCUUCCUUAUUCAUUUGUAAAAUGCAACUGUUAA